AAAAAAAAAAAAAAAAACCAAAUGUGGAGCCCUGGGCUAUGAUGGCUGCGUGCAGGGUAAGUAAAAUAAAAAAUAAAAGUCCAAUAAAUAAUACAUCUCUUUUAUGGAAUUGGAAUUGACCGCCACUGGCACGGUGUUAUAUAUUAGUAUCCAGACUGCCCUCCUUCAAGUCAAUGGAUAUCAUCUUUCCUAUUCUACCUUUCACAACACUCCCAGGAGACUGCCCUAUCGCUCGAGGAAGCUUGUUGGUUGUCGAUCCUUGUCUUCUCUUCUAGGAGUGAUAUCAUCACCUCUUAUAUAUACAUCAUUAUAGCACCCUUCCUUCUCUCCCUCUCCCCCCUCCUUUCCUCUCUCCUAGGGGAACGUUCUUCUUAUCAAUUCCUCCUAUCUAUCUCGACUUAUCUCCACAAUGCCUCGCUUUGACGACGCUGACUUCGCUGUUGAUGCCGCCCCUGCGGCUCCCGGUACUGCUCCGGCCCCCGCUGCUCGCUCCCCCAGAGAUGGUCGUGGCAGCAUGGCGGGUUCUCUGCCCAUCCCCAAUGAUGCGGGUGCCACCAUUGAGAUCCCCGCAACCCGCAGCUCCAUCAGCGAUGCUGCCCAGUACAUGCACAACCUGAGCCUGGCUCCCUCGACUCGGGACCGUCGUGGCUCUCGCAACUCCUUCGGCACCUCCCUCCCUAUCCCCAGAUCUCCUCGUGUGUCUCGUCUGGCAUCCGUGGUUACCGCUGAUGGUAACUCGGUUUCCCGCGACCUCCUGGCCUCUCAGGUUCAGGACAUGUCCAAGGAGAAGGUCGCUGCUGCCAAGAACAUGGCCUUUGCCUUCGAUAUCGAUGGUGUUCUGGCCCACGGUAACCAUGCCAUUGAGCCGGCUAAGGAGGCCCUGAAGAUGCUUAACGGUGACAACGAGCUGGGCAUCAAGGUUCCUUACAUUCUGCUCACCAACGGUGGUGGUAAGACCGAGGCUGCCCGUUGCGAGCAGCUCACCGAGGUUCUCGGUGUUCCGAUCUCGACCGAUCAGUUCAUCCAGUCUCAUACCCCAAUGCAGGCAUUGGCUGAGUACUACGAGACGGUGCUUGUCCUCGGUGGUGAGGGCCAGAAGAUCCGUGAGGUCGCUGAGAACUAUGGCUUCAAGAACGUCGUCCACCCUAAGGACAUUUUCGCCUGGGACCCCACGGUGUCUCCUUGGGGACACUUCACGGAGGAAGACCGCGCUCAGGCCAAGCCCCGCGACUUCUCCAAGAUGAAGUUCGACGCUAUCCUGGUCUUCGCCGACUCGCGUGACUACGCUACCGACAUGCAGCUGAUCCUGGAUCUCUUGCUCGCCGAGGACGGCAAGUUGUUGACCCGUGCCAAGGACCCCGUCGCCUCUCGCAUCCCCAUCUACUUCUCUCAGGGUGACCUGAUCAUGCCUACCGACCACAAGGGACCUCCCCGUCUCACCCAGGGUCUCUUCCGUAUCUCCAUCGAGGCUCAGUACAAGGCUCUCACCGGUGUCGACCUGGAGCGUGUCGUCUACGGCAAGCCUGAGCGUGCUACCUACACCUACGCCGACGAGGUUCUCAAGUCGUGGAUGGAGCAGAUCCACAACGAGAACCGUCUUCCCCAGAACAUCUACAUGGUUGGUGACAACCCAGCUUCCGACAUCUGCGGUGGUAACAUGUACGGCUGGAACACCUGUUUGGUCCGCACCGGUGUCUUCCAGGGUGGUGACAACGACACCAACAACCCUGCCAACUUCGGUGUCUUCCCCAACGUCUUGGAGGCCGUCAAGGCUGCCGUCCGCAAGGAGCUUGGCCAGGAUUUCAAGUUCAAGUGGAACCCCAAGGUUAACCCCGUCACUGGCGGUGACAGCGGCUCCGCUGUCGAAUAAACGACGAUCAUGCCCAAAACUUAAAAAGAGGAACAAGGAACUCACGUUUCACUGGCGUUUGGUUGAUUCCUUUUGAAUUUCUUUUAUCUACUAUAUUUCCUCUUCUCCCAUUUUGAUGCUAGACAACAGCGUCUUUCACGGUCUUCUUCUUUUUUU